AUGUCAGACAUCAUCAAGGACAAGGCCGAAUACGACGAGCUUACGGAAGAUGAAAAGAAGGCUCUUGUCACAGAGUUUGAUGAAUUCAAAAGCCAUGCUGCCAAACAUCCACCUAAUAUUACUGCUUGCACUAAGUCAACUGAGUGUGCGAAAAGCUUUCAGGCUGUCAGGGAUGAGCUUGAGGCACUUUCACAAUGUGCUGGCAUAGAGGCCUUUGUGUUUAUGGUUUGCAGCACAUCUGACUUUCAGAUGACACCGAAGGCAUUCUUUACCAGUGCUGCCUGUGAGCACUUCAUGCGCAUCUACCUGCGGUGUGAUGCUGCACAUACUGCCACUGACUUCGAAACUGCAGCGACCAACCAUAAUAAUCGUGUCAUAGAAGCAAAGCAAAAUAUUCAUGCCGGUUUGCGAGCGUCACUUUGUGAUGUUACCAAGGAUGCAUCAGCAACUGUAGAGUUCACUCGCUAUGAAGUUGCAAUUGUCCACAAAUAUCACAUCAAACUUGUAGGUUGGAACCACCCCCAAUGGGCCAAUCCGUCUGAUCUGAAGGGUGGGAUUGAGGCACUUGAGAAUGUUGUUGCUGCCAUUGCUAACAAUACCUGCCGCUUUGUUGAGAUUACAGCAGAUGAAAUGGGGCAGUUCUCACACCUGAAACCGAGCCCCCGCCUUCCACCACCACCUCCUAGUACCCUUAUCUCAUCACCACCACCUCAGCCUGCACCUUUGUCAUCCGCAGAGCCCCGCCUUCCACCACCACCUACUACCCUUAUCUCAUCACCACCCUCUCAGCCUACACCUUUGUCAUCUGCAUUAGGUGAUUUCGGUGAUUCUAGUUCAGCCUCCGGUGCUUCCUCGGCACCAGAUUUUUUGAUUGACACACACAAUUCAUUUGAUGCCUUACCAGAUGUAUCACAGUCAGAGUCUCAGUUAUCAUUACCUAUUAGCUCAAUCACCAAUGAUCUGGUAGACCCAAGUCUUCUCACACUCAGUAGAGAUACUCAAAAUACUGCCUACAAUGAUAGCGCACCCUCAACAACUGAACAGCUCCCUCUCCACUGCAACAAAAGGCUGCCAGAUGCCGCGGCACCACAGCCACGCACAAAAUGUGUGAGAAAAUUGACAGAGAAACAAGCAGCGCUUGAGGAUGCUAGGAUAGAUUCUGAGCGGCAGAGGAAGAGUAAGAAAAAAGGGACUUGA